CUUCAUCUCGGAACCGAGCGGUUGGUCGUCGUCCGAAAGAUUCGUCCCGGGACCCGGAACGACCCACUAUACCUCUCGUCGCGUAGAAACCGUGUGCGUGCGCGUGUGUGUGUGUCUGUGUACGUGCGUGUAGUGUGCGUAUGUGUGUCGUACAGUGCGUGUGCGCUGCGGCAAACGUAAGCAAAACGUAAGGCAGAGGAAAAAAAGGGCCAAGAUUUCACCAAACCAGGCCUAACAAAGCCAAGCGGAGCAGUCGAGAAAUUAGGCUUCUGCCUCAAGUUCAAGUGACAAAACCAACGACAGAAAAAAAAAUUGACCAAUUCCAGUUUGUGACUCACGGUGAGCGCGAAGACGACAACUUCGAAAAACCCCUAUAUAUCUGCAGCCCACACGUCGUCCACGGCCGCCUUUUGUGGAGUCCACGGUAGUUUCGCUGGUUGGUGCGAUGGAUUUGCUUAGUGAAGUGUUGUAGCAAGUAGUGGAGUGGCAAUUCCCUAGCGACCCCGGGGAAGAAUAAUAUCAUCCGGAUAGGCGCGGGUGACAUCGUACCGUGGCACACAGGAACACAGUCCUACGUACAGAUAUCCACCUUCCCUCCACACCCAACAACAAAAAAAUCGCCCAACUGAAGUGAAGUGUGUACCCGGAGUGUGCGUGUGUGUUGGCGUGUGCGUGUGUUUCUGUAUGAAUCGUGAAUCGUGAAGGUGUCAAAUUUCAUUAUCCCAGCAUCCCGGGCAGGAAUUACACCGAUGGCUACUGCUGUGCGUGAAGGUGGUUGUGAAGCAAAUACGCCGAACGAAGCAGAAACAGUGCGCAACUAAUGCGAAGGAAUCGUUGACACAUGGGAUGGUGGUGUGUUACGGUAGUACGGUGUGAAAUGAUUUGCACGCAGCAGCAGCAGCAGCAGGAGAAAGAUGCCCGGCGGUAACAACGUCCGUGUGGUGUGUUGUUGUUGCUCAUGUUGAUUGUCGUUUAUUUGUCGUGGCGUGCCGAAAACUGUGCGAGUCGAGCCAUCUGGGCAGGCAGAUACCAGCUCUCUGCAGAUAUUAUUAGUGGUGUGAGGGGUGAGAAGGUGUAGGGGAAGAGUGUGUGCGUGUGUGUGUUACGCGGGGAAACCGUCCCCAUCGGUAAGGUGUAUCCGUUGUGUUGAUUUGUUCUAUUAAUCAUCAGGAUAUAGUCAAUAUUGCUUCUUCCGGUUGUAAACAUCGAAUUUUUAGAUAGGAAUACCAAAAUGAAUCUACAAACGCUGUUGAUAAGACUUUUAACACCAAUUCUAACAGUAAUCCCGAUGCUGCUGUGCAACGCUCAGCAGAAGUUCCGCACCGUGCCGAGGGACCUGCAGGUGCUGGAAGGCACGGAGGCACUGCUCCGGUGCGAGAUCUACAAUCUAGUCGGUGCCGUGCAGUGGACAAAGGAUGGUUUUGCGCUGGGAUUUUCCCACACCAUACCGGGAUACCCGCGGUACUCGGUGCUGGCCGAUCGGAAUCUCGGCAUCUACAAUCUGCGAAUAUCGAACGCAUCGAUCGAGGACGAUGCAGAAUACCAGUGCCAAGUCGGACCGGCCAAAUUCAACUCCGCCAUCCGUGCCAACGCUCGGCUCACCGUAAUAUCACCUCCAUCAUCGAUCGAAAUACAGGGCUACAACCGCAACGCCAAGGUGGAAGUCCGGGAAGGUCAGGAUCUCACGCUGACCUGCGUAGUGUCAAAUGCAAAACCGGUCGCCCAGAUUGUGUGGUACCGGGGCAAAACGGAGUACAAAUCGGAUACGAUCGAGAACAAGGUGACGGAAACGGAGGGCAAACGGUACACGGUGUCGUCGCAGCUACGAAUCAAGCCAACGUCCGAGGACGACUACAUGGAGUACACCUGCCAGGCAAAGCACAAAGCCCUCCAGCCGGAUCGUCCGAUGCAGACAAAGGUGCAGCUUUCGGUGCUGUAUCCUCCUGGUGAGCCACAGAUCGAGGGCUUCACGGCUGGCGAGGUACUGCGCCGGGGACAGAAUGUGGAGCUUAUCUGUCGGAGCCGUGGUGGCAAUCCACCGGCCCAGCUGAUCUGGUACAAGAACGAUGUGCAGGUCCGGAUGGCGUACCGGACGACGGAUCGGCUGUCGGAGAACGUGUACUCGUUCGUGGCAGAGGAAGGUGACAAUAAGGCCCGGUUACGGUGUGAGGCUAACAAUAUAAUGAUUCCGGCACCACUGAAAACCGAAAUCACACUCAGUGUGUUGUUCGCACCAACUCAGGUAACCAUUUCGGGAGCGUCGGAAGCACGCACCGGAGAUGUGGUCUCGCUACAGUGCCAAACUGCCCCAUCAAACCCACCGGCAGAGAUCAAGUGGAGCGUCAGUGGACACCAUGUGAAGAACACAACCUCCCGGACCAUCGAGAAUCCUGAUGGAGGAUGGAUCACAAUCUCCAAUAUCUCGGUACCGGUGGAAGCCAACAAACGGUCCCUGGUAGUGAUCUGUCACGGGCUUAACAUGCAGCUGACGGAGAACGUUAUCGCCACGCAUACUGUGAACGUUUUGUUGCCACCGAACCAACCGGUCAUUACGGGCUACACGGAGGGUACGAUAAUAGCGGCCGGUUCGGUGCAGCGGCUCCAGUGCUCCUCGACCGGUGGCAACCCACUGGCCACGCUGACCUGGUACAAAAACGAUAAAAAGCUGAACUCCCCGAGCAAAGCGACGGAUAAGUCAGUCUCGUCGGAAAUCUCGAUACUGGUCAAUGCGACGGAUAAUCAGGCCAAGUACCGCUGUGAGGCGCACAAUUCUGCCACCGAAAUUCCAAUGUCAGCUAGCCGAACGCUUGCCGUAAACUUCCCGCCCGAGACGGUAAAAAUCAAAAUCAUACCGCCGGAGCUUAAGCCCGGUAUCGAGGCAACGCUGAUCUGUGACUCGAGCUCCAGUAAUCCGCCCGCAACGAUUUCGUGGUGGCGCGAUGGCAUCGCCGUAGACGGUAUGAACAACUCGUCGAAGCCAGGACUGUGGGGUGGGUACGUUUCAUCGCUCGAGCUAAAGGUGAACAUCAGCCAGGACAUGGACGGCAAUGUGUACACGUGCCAGAGCGCCAACGAAGCGCUGCAGCGCAACGUACACGAAGCCAUCAAGCUGCAGGUGCUAUAUCCGCCAAAGUUCAAACCACCGCCAUCGUCCACCGUCGUCGGUGCGGAAGGUGAACCGCUGACCGUGGCCAUGGUAGCGACCGGGAACCCGAUGUCCAUCUCCUACACCUGGACCAAAGAUGGCCUACCGAUCCUUUCAUCUACAGGCGCGCAACGAAUCGUCUCCGAGGGACCAAUCCUUAACAUCACCCGGCUCAACCGUAACGAUACCGGCAUCUACACUUGCGAAGCUGUCAACUCCCAAGGGUCGGCGAUGAUUAAUAUUUCCGUCGUAGUUGAGUAUGGUGCAUCGAUACAGUCAAUCUCGGAAAACGUUACCGUCAGCCCGGGCGAGGAAGCAAUGCUAUCCUGUACAGUCGAAGGAAAACCACUAACGGAAGAGCACAUACGGUGGGAACGCAUCGGGUACGAUAUGACCAUAAAAACGUCCACCACGUUCGCGAACGGGACGAGCUAUCUGCACGUGAAGAAUGCGCGCCGCGAGGAUGUCGGCAAUUUCCGAUGCAUCGCCGAUAAUCGUGUGGCCAAUCCGACCAGCCGGGACGUAUUAUUAAUUGUGAAAUUUGCACCGGAAAUCGACAAAUCCCCGGUAAUGUUACGUGCGGCGGCAGGCUUUGGUGAACGAGCACGGUUGCCCUGCCGAGCGCAGGCCGCUCCAAGACCCAAAUUCUAUUGGUCCCGCUCGGGCCAGGUGCUAAACGUGAAUCAGUCCGCCAAAUUCUACGUCGAACACAAGCAGAUCGAUGCGUUGACGUACGAAUCGAUUCUGGUCGUGGAGCGAGUCGCCUCCAACGAUUACGGUCUGUACGAAUGUAUUGCCCGCAACGAGCUUGGCAACGUGAAGGAAAAGGUACGGCUGGAUGUGACCUCUCCACCGGAUCCACCCGUGAGCUUAAACGUGCUGAACGUAACGCACGACUCGGUGACACUUGCCUGGACACCCGGGUUCGAUGGCGGUAUGAAGGCGAACUACCGCAUCCGGUACCGGGAGGUGAACAGUGACCGUUACUGGUACGAGGACAGUCAGCCCAAUUCAUACAAAUUGACAAUCGGUGGGCUACGCAUGAACACGCUGUACGUCUUCUCGAUCAUGGCGUCGAACGGGCUCGGUUCCAGCCGCUAUCUGCCGGACGUUACGCGUGCCCACACGAAAGACACACCACCGUCACAGCCAGCCUCUUCGCUCGGGAGCAAAACGGCCACGUCUCAGUCGGCCGGUGGCACAAUCGGUGCAUCCGGUAUCGUGCUGCUAAUCGGCGUCGCUGCCGGUAUCUGUCUCGUGCUGCUUAACAUCAUCCUGAUUGGAUGCUGCAUUCAUCGGCGUACCGUCCACAAGCGCAUCAAGCGGGGCGAAACGCUGUCUAGUGUCUCGGAAAAGAGUGACGCUUACUCGACCGACGCUAAUCGUCCUGACUAUACGGAUGACACUACCAGCAAAUCUGCUUCGACAUAUCUCGUGGAGAAUGGGGACAUGCCGCCACCACGCUACCAAAAGGAGGGCACGCUGCCUCCGUACCCUAACAAUAUCAAUGGAGCUUAUGCGCGUACCUUGCCCCAUCCACGGCACAACCCGGUGAACUAUCAGCAGCGAAGCCACGACGAUCAGAUGAUUGAACGAAGCAGCUACGUAACAGCUCCGUCCCCUGGGCCACCGUUCGAUGGGUCCUACUACAACAUGAACAGCGACCGCUACCUGUCCUAUCCCCCAAUGCAAGACUAUUCGGCAAUGGAGAUGUCGACACCUCCGCCACCAGUAAUACCGGCCCUGCCCAAAAACACUGGCACACUAACCCGCACGACGCGCCCGAUGGUACCGCCACCGGACGUCACCUACCACGCCCAGUCCGUGGUCAACGAAAGCUCCUCAUCGCCGCAGCACAUGAGUAGCAGCCUGAGCAACACGAUCAUCGGCAGUGGUGCACCAUCGCAAGCACCCGUUCCAGCGCCGAAACCUCUCCAGGGCAUCCUGAAGGAUCCGAAGCGUAACAGCAGUGCCAGCAACAGUAGCCAACAUCAGCAGCUACAGCAUGGGGCACAGCUGAUUGCGGUCCAGAAUCCAUCGCCGGUGCCGUUGGUCGGUGGUGUGCCAGGACUUCCGCUGGUUGGCAGUAGCUUCCUUGGGGCGACCGGUGGGAAUGGUGCCAAUGGUGUAACUACGGGCGGAACCAGCAGUCUAGGGAACAGCUUACUGAUCGGUACGUACGAUCCGACCAGCACGAACCUGAGCUCCUUCAACGCGUCCUUCGGGUUCACCGAUGCCGACGGGCACUUGGUGUAAGGGUGAGAUGCGAGCUGAGACUCCACGGUGCCAAAAGCGGCGCAGAUGUAAUUUUCUCAUGAAUAAGAAGCGUGUUUGAACGCUGUGUUGACUGUGAUAAAACUUUGCUAGCAUAAUGUGUAAUUACGCGAGGAAGGAUCUAGAAGGUCGAGGAUGGCCGUUAGCUGUUAGCAGUGAGCUUUACCGUGGGGCGGCGGAUCGUUGAAGGGAUCGUGUCGUGCCGUGAAGACGAUCGUCCACCAGAAAUGGAUGGAGGCGGCAGAUGUUCGCCGUGAGCUGUAAGUAGCGCGUUUUUAUCGAUACAUCUAGCCUGGAGCCUGGUCGAUACACGCAUGCAUGUGCGCUGACCUGUUCUUAACCCUAGAAAAAACAAAAAUCCCAUUUACGUUGCUCGGUUGUGAGAGGCAGAAGACGAGGAAAAACAUCGCUAUUAAAAGUAAAACAAGAGAGAGAGAGAAAAAAAACUCCAUAAAAGCCGCUGUAAGUACUCUAAUUAAACGAAAAAAAAAAGAAAGGAAGAACAUUUAAAGAUAAAGCUGCGAAUCGCAACGCAAAAAACACAAAACAAAACAAAUCAAGAAUCUCAAAUGCUACCAGCCCGUUCCGGCGGGUGCGCAGCGCUAAUAUACAUACAUCUAUAAAUAUAUAAAUAUAUAUAUACAUACAUAUUCACACUUUAAAAAAGGGUUCAUAUUCAUAUAUUAUAUAAAUUAAAAAGGGAAUCGUUGAAGCCGAAGCAGAUCGAUCGAAGCGACACGGAGUGAGUGAGAGAGUGAGAGGAAGCUAGCUAAAAGGAGUGCCGCAAUCUGGGAAGCUAAUAGGCUCAAAAAUUCAAACCGCAUACGUUUAAAGUCAAUACGGAAGCCAUUUAACCGCCGCGAAAAAUGCAAGACAGUAAAAAGCUUGCAUAAAAAAAGCAUUCUAUUUUAUUUUCUCUCGCUCUCCCUUUGAGACGGAUAAUCAAAACACCGGCAAACUAAGCAAAAGACACAAGAGCUAGCAUCCAAAACAAAGUUAUAAAUCAAUAAACGCAAACCGCGACAGUGAAAAACGUAACAAUCGAAACAAAACAAAAACAUAGCUGCCCCGGAAGAAAAAGAAGGGGAAAAGGUGAGGGAAGAGGGAAGCAGGUGAGGUAACAAAAAAACAAACGCAGUGUACAAAGAAACAUAAAUCAAAUUAAACAGGUUGAUAAGAAGUGUGUAAAUACGGUAAGGUGAGCAGACAGGUGGAGAGAAGGCUCGUUAACGAAGCAAGCAAGCAAGCAAGCAGGCGAGCAAAAGCGAUAAGUACAUAAUAAUGGAAGAGUUUUAGUGUAUAAGCUGCGAAAAGGGAAAAGAAAAGACGAGCAAACAAAACAAAAAGCAAAGGAACUCUCUCUAAAACAACAACACAGACAACAUCCAGUACUGAAUUAAUACUUAUGAAGCUAAGUCUAAUUUUUAAAUUAACAAACAAAAAACCCAGUAAACACUCAACAGCUAGUUACUGAGCUAGUGAAAUUUGCAACACAAAACAUGUAAAGUCGAAAUGCAAAGUAAACGAAUCUCUGAUACCGAAUUAAAUACUCACUCAUCGUUAAAUCGCGCUCCGGCCGAAUGGCGGCAGCGGUGGCGGCGGUGGACAGCACGGUGCCUCUCUGUUGGCUCCGUGUUGCCUCUGUUGCCUCGCCGUCGAGCUGGCUCCGAGCGAUAUUCGCUAACGUAAAUACUUUUAAUUUAUUUUACACAACCAGCCCCCUCCUCCUGUAUCGUUGUACAAUAAUAGCUACUAGUACUACAGUAAUACGUGCUCUACGUUCGUAUUUGUUCGUUGAUAGUGAAUAAUAACCUUUUUUUGUUUGUUUUUGAAAGUCGUAAGCCGCUAUUUUGUCAGCUGUCCGUUCGAAUUAUUAUUAUUACUAUUGUAAUUAUGAUCUACCGAUCACCAUUUUUACCCUGAUCUGAUCUGAUGAAUUCAUAACCAAAGGUAAAACCCCAGUGCGGUAUGUGUGUGUAUGAGUACACACACUCAUACGCCACUUCUUUAUGUCUAGGGCAUGUUUAGGAUAUCUGUUCACGGUUACGAAUGCAGCGGCAGGGGCUUAGGUAAGGAGGGGGUUAGCGAUUGGGAAGGAACGGGGCAAAGUUUAGUGAAAUAGUUUUAUUUUCUACUUCAGGUAGUAAUGAGUAAGCAUUUAAAAUAAGUUAAUAAACUUCGAGAUUUUAUAAUUAAAUCAGCAUGACCAUGAA